AUGACGUCACCUUCUCGCGAAGGAGGUCUGUUAGUCCGUGCCGAUGGUGAUCCCGUACGGGAGUGGAUUCUUAGCGAGACGGGGGGCAAGGCGAGCACAAUAACGCGGAUAUCCCCUGUCUUCGGCGGGUGCAUCAAUAACGCGUCUAGAUACGAAUCGGACGUCGGUUCCUUUUUCGUGAAAACAAACAGCUCCGCGGGGCCGGCAAUGUUUGAGGCGGAAGUUGCGGGGCUGCAGGCCAUGGUGGAGGCAGGGGCCAUCCGCGUGCCGCGCCCCUUCACUGCAGGAGCCAUGCCGCGCCGCGGGUCGUAUGUCGUCAUGGAGUUCAUUGAAUUCGGCCAGCUCAAAACGCAGGCAGAGUUAGGGCGGCAACUAGCCCUCAUGCACCUGCAGGGGAUGUCGCCUAAUGGACAGUUCGGAUUUCAUUGCGAUAACACCAUUGGCAGCACGCCCCAGCCCAACAAGUGGCAGAGUGACUGGGUGACAUACUUCAGAGAGCAUCGGCUGGGUCACCAGCUGAAGCUGAUCCGCAAGCAGUUUGCAGAUAAUGCUCUCGUCGCCAGUGGGGAGAAACUGCUGGAGAAGCUUCCUGAGUUGCUUGGUGGUGUGGAGGUGAAGCCAAGCCUCUUGCAUGGGGACCUGUGGAGCGGAAACAUCGCUGCGGAUAAGGAAGGCAAUCCAGUUAUCCUCGACCCUGCUACAUACUGUGAGACGCAACUUGUAGGAAACAUGACAGCCAUAGUGCACUUGGCAUUGGAGUAUCUAAAUUUGUGA